AUGGAUAAUGAAGGAAGAUCUUGUGUUUAUGGAUUAAGACAUCAAGCAAGAUGUCUUACAGCAGUUGUUUCUGAUACAGAACAUAAUAAGUUUUUGUUUAACGAAGAUGAAUUUGAAUUGACGAGCAGUGUUUAUCAACAUCCAGAGGAAAUAUGGGAUAUUGCCACAUGUCCAAGUGAUAUUGUGAUGAAGUCAGUUCAAUCUAAAGCGACAUUGUGGAGAUUUGGUGAUGCUAAAAGUGAAGAAGUAAAUUUAGAAGAUGAAUCACACAGUUCAAGAACUCUAAUUGGAUCGUAUUUACCAUUAGAACCUGUUAUGGAAGUUGGAAUAGACGAUAAUAUUAAAAAAAUUUUAUGGGAUCCAACAAAGAAAUAUUUAAAUCAUUUUAUAUCUAUUCAUGAUUUUGCUAUAAAUAUUUGGACAUUUGAUGAUCAGCAAUUAUCAUCCGCAAAGUUGUCAAAUAAAAUAAACUUUUCAUCGGAAUCAGGACCUUUGUCAUCAUUGACAACGGGUGCAUGGAAUCCAAAUCAACCAGAAAUUGCAAUUGCUAAAGAAUGCUCAAUACAAGGCUGGGAUAUCAGAUCUCAAAGGCAUUUAUUUAUAAUUAUAAUAGUAAUAUUCGAUGAUAAUAGUUGA